UAAUCGGCCUGGACGAGUGAAUUUCGCUUCAUUUUCGCUUUUCCAAGGUUUGUGUGGGGCACACGAAUGUUGUGGAUUUUUGGCUUUUGUACAUUUUGCGUUUACCAUCGAGUCCCGCCCCCUUGUUAUGCGCAAACGUCAAAUAUCGGUACAUCAAGUCAUCAAGAAGGUCCACGGUUGCCAGGGUGAUCGUGGAGUUAAUUGUAUGUUGUGGCUAUUUGGCCGAAAAAGCAAUCGCAAAAGCAGCUUUUCCCUCCAAAAUUGGCCAGAACCGGCGCUCGGAAGGUGCCCGAUGUGCGUGGGGUUGAAUGUGCGAAUUGCGCCAAUUCCUUCCGGAAAUCAAAUUAUUGGAAGAGAGUGAUUAUGGUAACGUGUUAUGGCAACAUAGGCUACGGGACAGUGGCGCGUGCGCAAUCGGGAGUAUUUUAGUGAGAAUUUUGAGUGCGGCGUCGAAAGAAUUUAAUGUGUGUAUUGUUGCGUUUUCGAUGUGCGUGUUUGUUGGCAAGUUGUAGAUAUUUCCAAGUGAUGUUAAUUGGGGAAAAGUAAUCUGGCUGCGGUGAAGUUGAACCGGCCGGAUUACCAUGAACUGGAUCUCUCGUCAUAUAGAACCAGCGUGUUCGCUCAAAUAGUUAAUUUUUAAGUAAUAAUAUAUUUAAUUGUAUGUAGGUUAAAUUCAGCUCUGUGUUCCUUUGUAUUUUAAAAAUGUACGCGAAAGGAAAGGGAUCAACAGUGCCGUCCGAUGCACAAGCACGAGAAAAGUUGGCAUUAUACGUAUAUGAAUAUUUACUUCACGUUGGUGCACAAAAGGCCGCACAAACAUUUCUUUCAGAGAUUCGGUGGGAGAAGAAUAUAACGUUAGGAGAGCCCCCUGGAUUUUUGCACUCUUGGUGGUGUGUAUUUUGGGAUUUAUAUUGCGCCGCUCCAGAAAGGAGGGAUACCUGCGAGCAUUCAUCAGAAGCUAAAGCUUUUCAUGAUUAUGGCUUUGUAAAUUCUGGGUAUGGAGUUAAUGGCAUUGCACAUAACACUGGCCCAGCACCAAGUCCGUUGGGACAAAUGCCUCCAGCUGACGGAAUGCCUGGAGGUCCCAUACCGCCAGGAUUUUUUCCAAAUUCAACGAUGAGGCCGUCACCACCCACACACCCUUCAAGCCAACCCUCUCCCCAUUCACAGCCGCCUCCACCUCACACACAAAUGAUGUCGGCGCAACCUUUCAUGGGUCCCCGGUAUCCGGCAGGUCCUAGACCGGGUGUAAGGAUGCCCCAAAUCGCGAGCGAUUUUAACGGACCCCCCGGACAGCCAAUGAUGCCCAAUAAUAUGGAUCCGACGAGACAAGGUGAAGGCGGAGAAUUUGUAGGUUGGCAAGGCCCCCCGGGAAUGAACCCAAUGAAUCGAAUGAACCCUCCCAGAGGACCUUCAAUGGGGCCGCUAGGCCCCGGGACCUACGGUCCCAGUUUACGGGGCCCACCACCUAAUAGCAGUCUAGGACCUGGUGGCCCCAUGCCCCCCAUGUCCAUGACGGGCCCCGGCGGACGGCCGCAGUGGCAGCCCAACACGUCUACACCAAUGAACUAUUCUUCCUCGUCGCCUGGCAACUACGGGGGCCCGCCGGGGUCGGCUGGGCCGCCGGGCCCCGGAACCCCGAUAAUGCCGAGCCCGCAAGAUUCGUCGAACUCGGGCGGCGAGAACAUGUACACGUUAAUGAAGCCGGCGGUUGGCGGAAACAUGCCUGGAGAGUUCCAGAUGGGUGGUGGGCCCGAAGGAGGGCCGAUGGGUCCCAUGGGCCCGAAUUCGAUGGGUCCAGUGCUGAACGGUGACGGAAUGGACGGAAUGAAGAAUUCGCCGGCGAAUGGAGGCCCAGGAACACCGCGAGAGGACAGCGGUAGCGGAAUGGGCGACUACAACUUAGGGGGAUUUGGAGGACCGGGAGAAAACGACCAAACGGAAUCGGCUGCUAUUUUGAAAAUAAAAGAGAGCAUGCAAGAGGAGGCCAAGAGGUUUGAGAAAGACUCGGACCACCCUGAGUAUUUCAUACAAUAACUCCCUCGCUGGCCUCUUUGGCUGGUGGACGCCUUUAUUCCUACCUAACCUGUACUAACCCGGGCGGUGGUCUUGUCAGCUCUUCCUGCCCUCAUCGUUGCGAGCUCGCCAAUUUUCAACUGUUUGACUACUACUAGUCAUGAAUGUUUUCUGUUUUGCAGAUUUUCCUUUGAAAGCUGAAUAUACGAUACGAAGAUAAGGACAUUGUGUGGCUGUACUUUGGUGUAAUAAAUUUUCGAGUUCCUGAUACCUACUUGUCCACCAGUCUAGGCUAGGUUGGAUGUAUUCACGGCGUUCUGUGUUUAUUCUAUACUAAGUACUACUUGCAUGUGUCUACAUUCCUCCACGGAGCAGGUUGCAGAUACUGUAGAGCAGCAAUGAUUAUUGUUUGACAUAAUACACAUUGUAGUUUUUUUUAUAAAUAUUUAUGGAAGAUAAGAUUUUCAGUCAUUACUAAUCCUCAUUCUAUAAUCUGCUCCGACCUAUAAUGUUUCUUCACCUUUUUAUGUGUACAUGCAAUAGACAAGUGCAAAAGGAGUUUGCUCCUCUAUUAAAAUAUUAUGUUUUAUCUGUAAUUUCUCAAAAAGCAACUUAAUUCGUAUGUAUGUCAUAUACAAUAAGUUCGAUUUUUAAUUUGAUUCAUUAAUUUAUAUAUUUUGUUCUUAAUAUAUUUACACAUAUAUUUAAAAGAUUAGAUUAUUUUAUGAAUGAAUGAUGCGUGAUAAAUAUUCUGAUGAACUGGAUAAAUAACAUUGUGCAAGUGAGUUCUUUAUCUAUAUUGCUUUUUUUUGUAUGGUUUAUUAAAUAUUAAAAGGUU